GUGCUCGGAGGAUGUUGACUGUUCGUUUGCCACCGCGGUUGCUAUUUAAAAACCAUCUCCGAUCAGCUCUCUUGCACAACUAAGGAUCGGAUUAAGCCUUCGAAGCCUCCUAUCCUGCCAGCCUGAGGUGUUCUUCAUAGUAGUUUGAUUGCUAAAAUGGGGGUGCCAUUCUCCUUCCCUGUUGCUGGCUACGGUGCCAUGUUCGGUGGCUUACAGGCUCUCCGCAGUUUAUGCAGCAAUGCCAGAUCAACUCUGUACUCCAUCAGAAUGACCCAAGGAUCACUUAGCCUCAAUGAAGGGGAGACGGAUUAUUCUUCCGUAGAGCCAGACAAAUCCAAAGAGCCCCAAGACGAUCCAAAAAGUACGAGGAUUACUCAUUUGAGGAAGAGGUCCCGGGAAUCCAUCUUGAUUGAACCAGGCAACCCCAAGCAUGAGGCUGCCGUCAAGUUGCAGAAGGUCUAUAAAAGCUUUCGGACAAGGAGGCAGCUCGCAGACUGCGCCGUCCUUGUGGAGCAACGCUGGUGGAAAUUGUUAGAUUUCGCGAUGCUCAGACGUAGUUCAGUGUCAUUUUUCGUCAUCGAGAAACAAGAAUCAGCUGUUUCACGAUGGUCUAGGGCGAAAUGCAGAGCUGCUAAGGUAGGAAAGGGUUUAUCGAAGGAUGAGAAAGCUCAGAAACUUGCUUUGCAGCACUGGCUUGAGGCAAUUGAUCCUCGGCACCGGUACGGUCACAAUCUCCAAUUCUACUAUGAUCGUUGGCUUCAGUGCGAGAGCAUGCAACCCUUCUUCUACUGGCUUGAUGUUGGAGAAGGAAAGGAAGUCAACCUCGAGCAACAAUGCACUCGAUCAAAGCUUUUACAACAAUGCAUCAAGUAUCUUGGCCCCCAAGAAAGGGAAGCCUACGAAGUCAUAAUCGAAGAUGGAAAAUUCAUGCAUAGACAGAGCAAGCAAGUCCUAGACACAUCUGAUGGUCCAAAAGGUGCUAAGUGGAUUUUUGUCUUGAGCACAUCAAAGAAAUUGUAUGUCGGACAGAAGAAAAAGGGAACAUUUCAACACUCUAGUUUUCUUGCUGGAGGAGCAACUUCUGCUGCUGGUCAAUUAGUAGUAGAAAAUGGAGUUCUGAGGGUUGUGUGGCCUCAUAGCGGGCAUUACCGCCCAACCCAAAAGAACUUCGAGGAAUUCAUGAUCUUUCUUCAGGAUAACAAUGUGGAUAUCACGAAUGUUAAAAAAAAUCCAACUGAAGAGGAUGGUGAUGAUUACAGUAGACUGAGAAACAACAGGUCGGAACUAAACUUGGUUGAAGUAAAUGCCUCUGUCAGUCUGGAAACCACAGUUGGUUUUUCUCAUGCUGUCAGCGGAAAAUCAAUCAGCAAUGCAGUAGCAAAGGUCUCUUCAUUUGAGCCGCUGAACAACACUUCUCAAGCUGAUCCUAAGUUGCGGGCUGAAGGAAAACUAUUGGAAGAAUCACUUGAGGAAGAGAGUGAGGAAGUGGCUGAAGAGUAUGGAGCUAGAGCCAUAGAGGAGAAUGAAACAUUGGAGAACUCUUCUCAUACUGAUAAACUUUACAUAAAAGGCGAUGAAGAAAACUCCAUACCAUCAGAAAUGAUUCUUCGAAGGAUACAUUCAAAAAGGAGCAUCGAAUCAUAUCAGUUGGGCAAGAAGCUCUCUUGCAGAUGGACAACCGGUGCCGGACCUCGAAUCGGGUGUGUGCGAGACUAUCCGUCGGAGCUACAAUUCCGAGCCUUGGAGCAACUAAAUCUAUCGCCAAGAAGUCCUAUGAAAUCGAGAUCUAAUUCACCAAGGCUUUCAAAGUGCCAUAGGCCAGUGACAGAUGCAGCAAACACAUAAUAAUAUACUGACAGAGAUGGAUCUCAAAAGAAAUAGUUUCAGUUGUUUUGUUGUAUUUAUGCAAGAACUAAAGAGUAUUCAUUUUACUCCCUUUUACUGAAAUUUCACACUAGAGUUGUACGAAGGCUUAGUGUAUUUAAGAAAUUAACCAUUUUACCUAUAAUAUCAGU